AUGGCUCCAUCCGCCACCGAGACCAUCACCGUCACCCAGCCGCCGCUAAAGCUGCACUCGACAAAGUCCGGCACGGGUGACUACAAGCAACUUCAAGCGCACAAUGUCGACAGGGACGCCGAGGAAGGCAGGAAGGAAGGCAUCAAGGCCGCCAAGUAUGCCAACUACCUUCCCACGUGGGACCCUAGCCAGAAAUAUCCUCCCCUAACGCCCUUCGAGCACUACGAGCAUGGGCAAGACGCGGACACCUCCUUCAAGGACCUCCUCCCGGCGGAGUCGAAGGUCGUCGACCUGACGCCAACCAUCGGGAGCGAAGUUCGCGGUGUCCAGCUCUCCCAGCUCUCGAGCGCGGGCAAGGACCAGCUGGCCCGUUUUGUAGCUGAGCGCAAGGUCGUCGCCUUCCGUGGGCAGGACUUUGCCAAGCUGCCCAUCAAGGACGCGUUGGAGUGGGGCGGAUACUUCGGGCGGCACCAUAUUCAUCCUACGUCCGGGUCGCCCGCUGGAUACCCUGAGGUCCAUCUCGUCCACAGAGCUGAAGGUGACAAGAGCCACGAGUCGUUCUUUGAGACACGCACAAGCUCUGUCGCCUGGCACUCGGACGUCUCCUACGAGGCCCAGCCGCCCGGCACCACAUUCCUGUACAUCCUGGACAAGCCGGAGACGGGAGGUGACACGCUGUUCGUGGAUGCCGUGGAGGCUUACAACCGGUUGAGCCCGCUGUUCCAGGAGCGGCUGCAUGGACUGCAAGCGGUGCACUCUGGUAUCGAGCAGGUGAAUGCCGCCGUCUCCAGGGGGAGUAUUGUGAGGAGGGAGCCGGUGUACCAUGCUCACCCUAUUGUGAGGACGCACCCGGCGACGGGUCAGAAGGCGCUUUAUGUCAACCCACAAUUCACCCGCGAAAUCGUUGGCUUGAAGAAGGAAGAGUCGGAUGCGCUCCUGAAGUUCCUGUAUGACCACUUGGCCUACGGGGCUGACUUCCAGGCCAGGGUCAAGUGGGAGGAGGGCACAGUUGUUGUGUGGGACAACAGAGUAACUCAACACUCGGCCUUGGUGGACUGGAAGAAUGGGCAGAGAAGGCAUUUGGCCAGGAUCACUCCUCAGGCGGAACGUCCCUUUGAGACGCCCUUCAAGGCAUGA